AUGACUGACGUCAAUAAAUACUCAGCGGGAAUGGAGCGUCUCAGCGCUAUCUCCAGUAUUCGCCGCAACACGGAGGAUCCGUUAUAUUCUAGCUACAAAACACCGCCAAAGGAAUCUAUUCCCGACAUGGAGAAUGGAGCACUCCGUGAAGGAAAACAACAAAAGCUGCUGUCCAAAGAAUGUAUCGGACUAUUGGCUCAGUAUGCAGGUGUUGGUUUCCUUGCAGGUAUCAUUCCUGGUGUCAUCUACCCCGUGCUCCAGGGAUACCUGAACGCAGAGGGAACUAUUUUCGUAUCUGCGACUGUACUCGUACAGAUUCCGUGGUGCUACAAGAUAUUUUUUGGCGUGAUCAGUGACUGCUUUCCAAUCAUGGGCUAUCGUCGUCGUCCAUAUAUGGUUAUUGGCUGGGUGUUCUGCGUCACGAUUCUUUUCAUCAUGGCUGCGAUGACUAUCCCUGAUCCAUAUUACGGAGACGCUGCAAUGCGCGCCGUUGAUGAAAAAGAUUGGACAGAAGACCAGAUUGCCAGCAUUAACGCAGAUGCCCCGAACUCAGCAGGCAAGUACGUAGUCUCCAUGAUGCUAGCGUCGUUCGGCUAUUUGAUCUGCGAGGUAGCUGCCGAUGCUAUGGUUGUCGAAUACGCACAGCGCGAGCCUAUUGAACAACGUGGCCGUGUCCAGACUGCUGUCUAUGCUGUCAAGACUUCGUUCACUGCAGUUGGUGCCGCCGUUAUUGCUUUCUUCAUGAAUGGGGAAGAGUAUGCCGGAAGCUUCGAUUUCUCGCUUACUUUCCAGCAGCUUAUGCUCAUGUCAGGCAUUGUCUGCGUCCCUCUGGUCUUUGUAUCUUGGUUCCUCCUGCACGAAGAACGAGUAGUUGCGAGGCCGACGUUCGUCAAGUACAUGGCAUUGUUCUGGGGCAUGCUGCAGCAACGUGCGAUCUACCAGAUCGUGGCGUACAAGUUUUUCUCUGGCGUUUUCAAUAGCUUCAAUAUCGUGUCUUCCAGCAACAUCAAGCUGUAUUGGGUCCACGCCACACCUUUUAACAACAGUGUGAUGACCAUUGUGGGCACAAUUUUCUAUGCCGUGACGCUAGCCCUCACAGGCAAGUACGGUCUCAACUGGAAUUGGCGUACAAUUAUCAUUAUCACCAUGUGUGGUGCUCUGUCCGUCGAUGCGUUUAUGACCAUGUUGACUGUUUGGGACGUUGUUCGCAACCAAUGGUUCUGGCUCGGUGUGCCGAUGAUCGAGUAUCUUCCCGAUGGCGUUCGCUUCAUGAUUGCCACCUAUGUGGUGGUAGAGCUGGCUGAACCUGGGCACGAAGGUGCGUUGUAUGGCGUGCUAACUGCCACAACCAACCUUACCAUGCCAUUCGGUCGUUCCGUGGCCAAGCUCGUGAACGCUCAGUUCCAUGUCUGGCUGAAAAACAUUCAGGACGACACGUACAUCGUGCGGCGUGACGUGACUAUCACGAUUUGGAUUUGCUACGGCAUGAAGUUAUUGUCAUUGGCAUUUUUGCCGCUGCUGCCUCGUCAGAAAGCUGAGACGCAGGAACUAAAGCGCACGGGCGGGUCUAGCCGAGUUAUGGGUAUCAUCACGGUGAUCUACCUGACAUUUGCCAUUAUGUGGGCAACGCUAGUAAAUCUUUUGUCAAUGUACAAGACCACGAUGUGCUGGAAGAUCACGGGUGGUUGUGCACCAGUGCCCACGUAG